CGGUCGUAACGACUUGUCCCUUCCCGCCACUCUCUCUUCGCCUCUCCCUCUAGCUCUGAUCCACACAUACACAGGCCCGCUCUUCCCCUCCUCUCGCAAUUCUCCCAUUCGCUCUACCGGAGCUCCAAUCACGGCCUCCGGCAAGAAGCAGAUGAGAGACAGCGACGGCGAGGGCGCCGGCAGUGGCGUCUCCCGCUCGCACCCGUCCAACCUCCCGCUGCCCGCGCCGCACUCCGACCCGAACCUCCAGUUCUCGGGGGGCACCGACGAUGAAUACUCGAACCGGAACAGCAGCUCCUCCGCCACCGGCGGCGCGAGCCCUGGGUUCUACUCCGACUACCCGUCCAGCUUCAGCGGCGAGUGCUCGCCCUACAACAUGUCCCCCUGGAAUCAGACCAUGGCGUCCCCCUGGUCGCACCACAGCGAGGCGUCCGGUGCCGGCCUCGGCGGCCCGCCCACCAUGGCGCCAGGGACGAGCCUCAUCGGCUCGCUGGUGAGGGAGGAGGGGCACAUCUACUCGCUCGCCGCCAAGACCGACACGCUGUACACCGGCUCGGACAGCAAGAACAUCCGCGUCUGGCGCAAGCAGAAGGACUCCGGGGGGUUCAAGUCCUCGAGCGGCCUCGUCAAGGCCAUCGUCAUCUCCGGCGAGCGCAUCUUCACUGGCCACCAGGACGGCAAGAUCAGGGUGUGGAAGGUGUCGCCCAAGAACGGCCUGCACAAGCGCGUGGGCAGCCUGCCGCGGCUGCGCGAUUUCCUGCGCGGCUCGCUGAACCCGUCCAACUACGUGGAGGUGCGCAAGAACCGGUCGGCGCUGUGGAUCCGGCACAGCGACGCCGUGUCGUGCCUGAGCCCGACGGACCCGGCGCAGGGGCUGCUCUACUCAGGGUCCUGGGACCGCACCUUCAAGGUGUGGCGCAUCAACGACUCCAAGUGCCUCGAGUCGGUGGUGGCGCACGACGACAACGUGAACGCCGUCGUGGCGGCGUAUGACGGGCUGGUGUUCACGGGCUCGGCGGACGGCACGGUGAAGGUGUGGCGGCGCGAGCUGCAGGGGAAGAGCACCAAGCACUCGGCGGUGCAGACGCUGCUGAAGCAGGAGCACGCGGUGAACGCGCUCGCUGUGAGCGCCGUCGCGCCGGUGCUCUACUGCGGCUCCUCCGACGGGCUGGUCAACUUCUGGGAGGGCGACCGCCACCUCGUCCACGGCGGCGUGCUCCGCGGGCAUAAGAAGGCCGUGUUCUGCCUCGCCUCCGCCGGCGCGCUCCUGCUCAGCGGCUCCGCCGACAACACCAUCUUCGUGUGGCGGCGCGAGGGCGGCAUGCACUCCUGCCUCUCGGUGCUGACGGGCCACACCGAGCCCAUCAGGUGCAUCGCCGUCGUCGAGGACAACGGCGACAGCAGCGAAUCCAACGCCGGCGGCGGCGCGCCCGGAGGGGGGUCGGCGUCGCGGUGGAUUGUGUACAGCGGCAGCCUCGACAAGUCGAUCAAGGUGUGGCGCGUGACCGAUGAGGCGUCGCAGGACGCGCUGCUCCCCGGCUCCGGCGACGCGCCGCAGAUGUUCGACCGGUAUCCCGGCGACACGUUCGGGGCCAGCGCCUCGUCCACGUCGUUCCGCUGAGAACGAAGCGCAGCGUCUCCGAUCACCUGCAACAAAAACCACACGUCUCGCUUCGCCGGAAAUUAAAACGCCAUCGUGGAGGAAUGAACAGAAGGAUCUGCCGGAUCGCUAUACAUACGUCCUCAAUAUAUACUGACGGAAAUAGCUGAAAAUGGAAGGUAUUAAAAUUGCUAGCUUGUGCUGGGCACGAGCUGGGUAGUUUGGCGCCUUUUUCGUGACAAGGGAUGGUGAAUUUAGUUAGGUAUGUUUGCUUUUUCUUUCUUGCAACUUUGCAUUGCUAAGGGGAAACUUUGAUACAGU